AUGGCGACACACUUGUCCCCGUUCCUCGACCCGGGCCUACGAACGAAGCCAGAUACUUUGGGCAUUGUGCUCCUGUCUCGCGACCAGUUUCAGCCGCUGUAUUUACGAGAGUUCUCCGGCGAAGUCGACGGCUAUGUCGAGGGCGACGUGCUCAACACCCGCUUCGGCUCCUUUCCACACUCGACCCUGCUAAACGUGCCGUGGGGAACGCAGGUGCGUGCGUCUGUCGUGGAUACGGGCACGCGCGGACGCAAGCGCAAGCGGGACGAGGGCCGGCCGGGCGCCAAAGGAGUAGCAGCAGCAGCUGUUGCAGUAACGAAGCAGCAGCAGCAGCAGCCCAAGGGGACGACGGUGACGGCAGCGAGCGGCUUCAUCCACAUUUUGCCGCCGACGCCGGAGAUCUGGACGCUCAGCCUGCCGCACCGCACGCAGGUGGUGUACACAAGCGACUACAGCUACAUUCUGCACCGUCUGCGGGCACGGCCGGGUAGCCGCAUCAUCGAGGCGGGCAGUGGCAGCGGCAGCUUCACACACGCGUCCGCACGGGCCGUAUAUAACGGCAACAACGGCAACAACAGCAACGACGGGGCCGUGUUCAGCUUCGAGUUUCACAACGAGCGGUAUGGAAAGAUGAAGAAGGAGCUGGCGAGCCACGGGCUGAACGGGCUGGUGACGCUGACGAACCGCGACGUGUACGAGGGUGGCUUUCUGAUGGACGACGGCAGCAGCCCCGAAGCGGACGCGGUAUUCCUGGACCUUCCAGCACCGUGGCGCGCGCUGCCGCACCUGACCAGGCAGAAGACGUCGGCGCUGAACCCGCGCAAGAGCGUGCACCUGUGCACGUUCUCGCCGUGCAUCGAGCAGGUGACGCGAACGGUGUCGACGCUGCGGCGGCUCGGCUGGGUGGACAUUGACAUGGUGGAGGUGGCCAAUAAGAAGCUGAUCGUGUACCGGGAGCGGCCAGAGACAGUGGGUGGGCGGGGUGGCAGCGGACCGGCGCCGCACGACGUGCUAGAGGCGGUGGCGCGGCUCAAGACGAUCGAGGCGCGCACGCGCGAGUACAACACGCUGUUCUGGCAGCAGCGGGCGGCCGAGGAGGACGGAUCGGCGAUGGUGGUCGAGGGCGAGGGCAAGGCCGACUCGACACCGGCGCAGGCAUCGCAGAGCACAGCACAGACAACACUUCCACUAUCAGAACAGACGCCGCCGUGGAUGGAGGGCCUGCUGACGACACGUGUGGAGCCCGAGGUCAAGACACACACGUCGUAUCUCGUGUUCGCGGUGUUGCCGCGGGAGUGGACGGCCGAAGACGAGGCGGCGGCGGCGGCGCGGUGGCCCUGUGGCAACGAGCGCGGCAUGAUCGGCGCAGUCAACCGAGAGGCGCGCAAGGAGCAGAAGCGGCGGACGCUGCAGGGCCGGAGCGGAGGUGGUGGUGGCGGUGGUGGCGGUUCCAGAGAGGGCACGUAG